UACGUUCCUUAGUGUUUCCGUAACACGUUUCGUUAGCAGGCACACAUAACAAAACGGAAUGUUUGGAAACGCGAUGAUGUUGUCGGGACAAAAUAUACCAUAGUAGUGAAUUUAACUAAGGCCACGAAAUAUAUGUUUUGUGCUCAAUUGAUUUCGGUUUGAUAUGUCGAUAUGUCGAUCAGCUCAGUGAACUGGAACUUGUUGUCGUUACCGUUUUGUUUUUCGACGAGCUAUAAUUCACGGUGAACCCUUGGUUAGAAGGUCAAAGUCCCCAAGCUCCUGACUCGUUCACAUUGAUAUGAAAACCGUGGCAGUAAACUGGUUCGAAGAAACAUGGUGUUAAGGCGCCUUUUGUUCACCUUGCUCAAUAACGCACAAGUGAUCGAGAAACUUUCAGAGUCUCGUCCCAUCAGACGAGCGGCACAAAUAACAGCUUAUGCCAUAAUCAAGGCACGAAUCGCAGGCAAGGAUGCGACUACCAAACUACUGAAGUCGAACACCGUUCGCCAAAUUCGCCAGGAAACUUCUGGGAUGCCAAGUGACAUGGGAGAGAUGGGACGGAGAGCCGAAAGACUUCGACAGACUUUUGUUAAAGAGGUGAAAGAAGGUGUGAGAGACGCUUCGCGGCAGAUAAAAAAGGACAAAUGAAACCAGGCAAUUUAGCUGUGUGUACUAUGAAACCAUCUCGCACAGCACGAGGCCAAAGUUGAUCGUCAUAGUUUCCUCAUUAAUCAGCCGUCAUGAUAUAACAACGUUGUGCUGUUACGGUAAUUGACAUCGCAAUAUCAUUUUAGCUAUGUAUUCAAUGUAUUGAUUUCACUUUUUGUUUGAAUGUAAUAAAUAUGUGGACGCAUCAAAA